UAGUUACCUCCUGUUUCGGUAUUGGUGCCAAAAAGAGCCUUAGCAAGAAAGGAAUAGACAAGAGCUUUUCCUCAAAGAACUUUUCAACGUAUAGUACGGACACUUCAUGACGCAUUCUCUCAACAUGGUGUGACUUCUCUAAAGUAUUCAACCGCAAGGACAAAAACCAACCGCAGCCUCCCAUGGCAGCUGCCCUCGCCAGCCCCUCGUCCCCGUCCACCCCGGUGCACUACAUGACCCGGGGCGCGACCUUCCCCACCCCCGGCCGCCCGGACCACUUGCUCUCCUCCAUCAGCCGGGACCUGGUAGAUCCGAGUGUGUUGAGUUCUCCGGCGCCGAAGGGAGUUGUUGCAUCAUCGAGGACGAGGAGCAAGGAUCAUUUGCUUUUGCAGAAUAACGAUCCGAAAAGUAUGAGGACCAGCACGAGGAGAUCCGGGUCCCGGCCAGGUUCAAGAGGAGCUCAAGCUGAACUACUGGAACAAACAGCAACUAGACGUGGAUCAUCUUCCUCCGCGAGUAGACCCUCACGAGAGAGGGACUACGAGCAGACAUCAGCUAGGCCGUCUGCCGCGGGAUUGAAGAAGACAAGCAGUCGGUACUCCACUGCCGCCGGCCGAGAUUCGGAUCAUAUGAGAACAGAGCAAGAAAGACGAUCCGGAGCAUCGCAACAGCGCUCAUCAAAAAUGAAAAGUGUAGCAAAGACGAGUCAAUCACGACCUAACACAUCUACUUCCAACGCGAGGGUUUUAUCGAGGAAAGAAAGCGCGGUUGCACCUGCAACCACAAUGCAGAACGCGGCUGGGCGACGAUCAGCAGCUUCGAAAAAAGCUACAGUGUCGGAGCGGUAUUCGAAAUACAGUGGGAGGCUAACAAGAAACGAUGAUCACGGUGGUGAAUCAGCAGGCAGUGAAGAUGCUAGCAGUUCGGAAGUAGCGCAGCAAGAGAGUUUCGAACAGGAGCACGAUUCUACCAUGCUGGAGGAUGCUGGCGAUCUCACGGUACAGGAGCAAUUGGAAGCAGAUGGCAGCGUCGUCGACGAAAACACUCUGUAUGUACGCGACAGCAAAGGCCGUUUUGUCGAAGUAGAGGUCGCAGCUGCAGCUCCUACUACCGCGAGACCACAGAAGACCAGCAGAUCGUCCGGAGCAAGUUGUAAAAGUGUGAACAAAAUUUCAACUGUUUCUUCCAGCAGAUCAUCCCGUAGGUCCACCACUGCGACGACUCCAAGGACCGCAUCUCACACCAGUCCCGCCGCGACCACGCCGGGGACUGAAGUCGUGGAGGGGAUGCUGGUCGUCCGUCCGUCUUCUAGUAGAAGAAGUGCUGCAGGAGCUGAAAGCAACAACAAGAACAGCAAAAAGCUUUCCUCCAAAGAAUUCUUUGCGGAGACGGUGCAGAGAACGGUCUCCGCGAUCAGCAACGCACUGGAGCAGUCGAUUGCUGGGAAGGCGUAUCAAAUGUAAAAAUGUCUGGGUCUGGAAGAAUGCAACUUGUCAUGCUAAAUCUGCAGCGUGCAAAAAUCUGUGUUGCAUGAUUACCAAAAGCCGUCGAGUUUUGACCAAGUCGGGAGGCAGUUUCUCAUGCAGGAUAGGCAUGAGAAAGGUCGCCCAGAAUCUGUCAUGCUGGGCCCUCCAUUCCAGACCUCAUGGGUCAUGGAAAAGCUGCAUUACAAAUCGCGCACUCUUCCAGACCCAGACACUUUUACGUUUGAUACGGCGAGCGUCGUGAAUGCUGGAGCUGGUUGUAGGGGGAGCGGCGUGUCAAUUCCGUCUUCUGUCGCCCACCUGCCGGGAGAACAAAUUCAUCCGGGCAGUGCAGUAAGCAGGAGUUCUGUAAAGCCUCCGUCUUUCCGCGGAUCUGUCAUCCCAGCCGCUAUGCCGGGCAUGGAGGACGAUGAAAUGAUCACCGGCGAUUUUGGUGACAUACAAAAUUAUGACCAGCGGCAGAGCGAGGUAGCUUUACCAAAUGAAGAGGAAACCAGCUUCCUCUACGACAAAAGUGGCCGACCGGUGAUGCCGUCACCUUUUGGUGCCUCUACUGCAGGCGCCACUUAUUCUGCGCACGGCAAUGGUGGUCGAUCCAGUGCUGCAGCGGGCUUCCAUCGAGAUCUGGGCUCCACGGUUCGAAACUCGGUGGCCACAUCAACUCCAUCACCUCUAACAACCGGUGCCGCGGCUUCACUUUUCUCCGGACAGCAGCAGAAACGGUUGUCAGGACCGGGUAGUACAACUGCGCGAACGCUGAACCAACCGACAAUGUUUGGAGCUGAACCGCAGGAACAGGAAAGCUUAUUGACAUCGAUGAUUGGAAGCCAUCGCGUGCGGGGGUUCUACGGUAAAGUCAUGAUCGUGUUUGUGUUGAUUGGUUGUCCUUCUUGUUUUGCAUGACAAAGUUGAACGGUAUUGCUUUCGGAGCAUAACAAACUGAAACCGAGUGAAGAUUUCCACACAUGCCUAUAGGUGAAGACGUCGACUGGUGCAAGCCAUACUACAUUGUGGAUGAGGAAAGCUGCGCGACUAACAUGCAGCCCCCGUCCCCCGUCCAGCUAGAUUUCAAUGCGAGCAAUUUUGUGAAAAAUGUGGAAAGUUAUAGACAGAACCAGGAUCAUCUCCCUUUCACAAAAAGCUACACGACAUUCACGACUUCCAGUAGGACGAACCAACCGCAACAGCGGCAGCAGCAACACCAAUCUGCGCCUUCGGUGAAGAUGCACCCUCCGGCGCAUGCGCAACCACCGCCGCCACAGCGGACCUGGUCGAGCCAGACACUGUUGGCAAGCAACACUCAUUUCAACACGAAUCUUGGUCAGCAGCAGGAAAACGAGAUGUUGGUUGCGAACGAUUUCAGUAGCAGAAACAGUGGCCAGGGUCAGAGUAUGAAUGUAAAAAUCCCAACCCCACGCACCGUCUCCUUUGCGGAGCGACAUCACAGUAUUCUACCGGAUAAUUACGACCAGGAGAGCGGGAGCGGGAGCGGCUCCAUGGACGGAUUUAAUAUCUUCGACGAGGCCGAGCUGCAGGCGAGGAUGCUGAAAAGGGACAGCAUGGCCUUGAACAGUGGAAGAUUGAUGAUGGCGUCGGCUGCGUCUACGUCUGGACCAGCUGUGUCGACUUCGACAACCACUUCUUCACGAUCAAAGCUACCGAAUAAAGCUUGUUCAUCGUCUUCAUCAAAGCGGAAAAAACGCGAGAAAACGGAAAAGCGACAGCACAGGAGAAAGAACAGAAAGCAUCGCAGUUCUUCGAGAACAAGUUCGGGCUCUUCAACUUCGUAUGAGGACGAAACGGACGAUGGCAGUCGGAGAGGUACGAAACGCGGUGACAGCGACAGCGACGGUGGAAGAUCGAUGAAUAAACCCACUUUAACUCGGACAAAAUCUUCCUUCAAUAGUUCUUCGUCGAAUCUGUUAAGUCAACAACAAAAUCAGCAGCAGCAGCAGGAAUUUCUUCAACAACAGCUCCCCCCGCAACGCCUCUCCACCCAGGAUUUCCGGUCGCCCGCGAGUAGCUUUGGGGAUGAAGAGCGGAAACUCAUCGAGCAUGGCGUAGUGAAGGAACCGAGUUUAAUGGACGGGAUGGGUAUGCGAUAGCAAUACAAAUUUCCCAUAUACGACGUACAGAAUGCAUGACAAAUUUUGUCAACUUCGAGGAUGUCACUUGUCAUGCUGAAUAGAAUUGAAAGGAACUUUUGUCAUGCAGAAGCCUUUGGUCAUGCUUUUUGUAUGCGAGGCGAUGGGUUACCCGGUCGGCAGAGCCGAUCCACAACGAACGAAAGAAGCCGCAUCUGUUUUAGUUUUUGUACGUGACCACGUCGUGUGCGGGAAGUUCUCUCUGCAUAACAGUAGACUUACUGUUUGGCGGGAAUGAGGAGGACGAAGGAGGUGAUGACGGCUUGAAAUUUUCUGCGCAAACAAACUCUACUUCAAAGAAAGCGCCUUCUUCCAGUAAAAACUCCGCGCUGAAGAAGCGAAAGCACGGCCAAGAACAUCAACUCCAGCAAGGUCGUCAAAGUGGUCAAAAUCGAAAGAAUAAGUUCCGGAACAAGAGUUACAACCGAACCAGUGCUAGUAGUCGUGCCGCAAGUAGGCGCAGAAGGAGACACAGAUCCGGGGGAACGAGCGGAAGCUCGGUGUCGCAAAGGAGACCACGACGAAGAAGUACAAACAGGGACGAUAAAGACAAGGAUCGAAGUGGCCGGAGAGGUGAUAGGAAGAAGAAACACAUCAAGACUGCACCUCCUUCGAGAAGACACCGGUCGGGCAGCACAUCUGGGGACGGGGAAGUUGUAGAGGGUGAAGAUUUGUUCGAACAAGAUGCUGAGGCUCAUAACGAAAUCACGUCUAGUCGGGGAAGCUCGCGCUCCACAUCAAGAUCACGAUCAGCCUCGUCACGAAGCGGCCACUCGUCGAAACGGUCCGAUGAACGCGGGGGCGGUGGAGGAAGAAGGAAAAAUCACAAGCGUUCGGACAGAGAUCGGCAUAAGAACAGAAAGAAAGCCAAGCGGAAGCAGGGCUCGCAGGAAGAGGAAGAGGAUGAAGAGUGAGGACGGCGGGUUUGGCAACCACGCUGCUGGGCUUCAUAAUUUCUGAGGUCAUUACACACACAUGGAGCAAAGUGCCUUUCUUGCAGCUGAUUCUUCUGUAGAACCAAAGAAGCCCGUGCUGUCUGUUUCGACGAACACUAUGUUGACAAAUUCGUUUCCGAUUUAGAGGAAUUCCUUUUCAAGAGAAAGACUAAGACCUGAGGUGAAGUUCCUCAUUGUCGAGUUUUUUCGGUAUACAAAUGAACACUAAUAGCGAUGAAGAUGUUGUUGAUGUCUGACUUCUGCUUUGUCAAGUCCUCAGCUAUUUUUUCGUAGGUGGAUCGACUUCAGUACGGAGUAAAUCAAAAUGAAGAAGUUGCCCAGCUAGAGAAU